CGCGCGCACAGCUCGCGCUGUGAUGGGACUACAAAAACCCGUUAGCGCCCUCCGCUUCCUCCUCUUCCAUCAUGGCUCCCUCGAUAGACAGGCAAGGAUACUGGGGGCGGCCGACCUCAACGCUGGAAUGGUGCGAGGAGAAUUAUGUCGUCUCUUUCUACAUCGCGGAGUUCUGGAACACUGUCAGCAACCUGAUAAUGAUUCUUCCUCCCAUAUAUGGAGCCGUCCAGACGUUCCGGGACGGCCUGGAGUUUCGUUAUAUCUGCUCGUUUCUUGGUCUUUCAGCCGUAGGUGUCGGUUCCUGGUGCUUCCACAUGACGCUGCUGUAUGAGAUGCAGCUGCUGGACGAGUUGCCAAUGAUUUACAGUACAUGUGUGUUUGUGUACUGUCUGUACGAGUGCUUCAAGCAAGAGAACAGCAUCAGUGUGUUUCCUAUCGUGUUGUUGAUAAUCUUCAGCGUCUCGGUCACAUUGGUGUACCUACAGUGGAAAGAGCCAGUGUUUCACCAGGUCAUGUAUGGUGCCCUGGUAGCGUGCCUGGUGAUGCGUUCUGUCUUCAUUGUUACCUGGGUGUACCCGUGGCUCAGGGGCCUGUGUUACACCUCUUUAGGGAUCUUUAUGUUGGGAUUCCUGCUGUGGAACAUCGACAACAUUUUCUGUGACUCGUUAAGAGCCAGUAGACAAGUGCUGCCCCCUGGUGUUGGAGUGGUGACACAAUUCCAUGCUUGGUGGCAUAUUUUCACGGGUCUUGGUUCCUACCUGCACAUUCUCUUCAGCUUGCAGAUCAGAUCCACCUACCUCAAGUAUAGACCAAAAGUGAAGUUUCUGUGUGGCGUCUGGCCCACUUUGCACAUUGAACCACAGAAGACGAGCUGAAGUGAGAAGAUGAGGAGCAGCUUAAGGAUGGUGACUGCCGAACCAGGCACUGGUGGCAGAAACCUGCCUGUGUCACCUUGCUACUGCUGGGAACUUGGCCCACAGGCAAGCAGCUGGUGUUCCACAGGGCACCAACCUAGGGACCAUUUGGUUCUGAGCUGUGGAAAAUGACUAAGUAUAGCACUGAAUUAUUUCAAGAAACUGAAGAUUCUUUCCAUUGAUUAUAAUUUAUUAGAUUUGUAUGUUUAGGAGAUAGGCACCAGCACCCCUGCUGACCCCACUAGGAACAAGGGUGUACAGAAAAUGGAUGGAUGGAUGAAUAGUAUGUUUAAGUUAUUUUUAAGUGGGUAGUUUCUUUUUUUCUCUAUUUUUUUUUUUCAACCAUUUUCAGUGAGUGAAUGAUUCAGCCCACUUUAGUGGCAAUUAUAUAAGGAGUUAUAAAGGUUUCAUUGUAAAAUUAAUUGAACAGCUGUAAUUAAUUCAGUUUAUGACCAAUCAAGUAAAUAAUCAAAUAUGAGCCAAAAUAUAUUUAUGGCCCCAUUCAAAUGAGAUAAUAUCAUUGCUUAGGCUUAGUUUCUUAAGAAUCUAAAUCAGUUUAUUGUAUAGUUUUAGAAAAGAAACUUAAAGUGCAAGUGACUGUGUUUUAAUCUAAUGAGGAAAGUAAAAAUUCAAAUUUUACUUGAAUUUUCCACAAACUUACAUGCCAUAACUGGAAUUCAGAUGAAGGUUUUUUUUCUUUUUAAUCCUAAUUAACUUUAUUGCCAAAGUUGCACAUGUUCGCUUGUAUUUAGUUGUGAUCCAAUGUGUGAAAUGUAUUACUGGUUUACCUUGCAAUGUUUUAAUGAAAGCUUGUACACUGAAUUGUAGCAUUCAGGCUCACAAUAAGAAACAAUAACAUAUAGCUACAUACAGUUAUGUAUUAACUUGGGAUGUCCUGAUCAGGAUGUUUGUUCCCAAUACCAAACCAAUCGUUUAAUAACGAUCAGCAGAUUCUGACGACAUGUCACCCAAAAUGUGCAGUUUCAUCAUUUCUUAGUAGCAAAUUUAUUCCGUUUUGAUUCGUCUUGUUGAUUAUUUCCAUCUGCUGACAGAGACAGACAGGAAGCUGCUACAGUCUCUAUCUGUUUGUGAAUAUUAAUAUAAACAGAAAACCAAGAUCUGAUGAACAGGUUAGAGGAUGCAAACUAUAUUGCUGCACAUUACCUGCAUCAAAUAUAGUCAUGCAUUCCUAGAGGUACAGCUGGCAUAAAAUUCUUCAGGAACUCCAAAAACUGUCAUUUCUAACACUGCCAUAAUCAGAAAUAUGUAAUAUCUGGAUCCGAUUGGGACAUCCCUUGUAGAAAAUGAAUGAGGUGCAUUAUUUUAGCAGGAAAAUAGCUAAUUUUCCAUUAGCAAUGAGAUCAAUCAGUGCAUUUUACUCACUUUAUAUAAACAAACUCAAAAGUUUUUAUACAGUCUAACAUUGCCCCGUGCUUAGUUACCACAACAACGCUUCUAAAGACCGUCGACCAUAGUCAAAAUCCAAUUAUUAAAACUGAACAAGAUUUCACUUUUAUCACAAGCCUGAGCAGCAUUUACUAAAAGAGAGACAAGAAAUCUCAUCACAUGACUGAACGCAACACUUUAACAUCACUGACUGUGCUGCAUUUUACUUCAAACACUUAUUUAUUGCAUUCUUUUCUGUUAUUUAUUGCUUUUAGUCAUCACAGCUCAUCCAGAUGACUGCACAGAGGAGUAUGAGUAGUUUGUGAUUCAACCACUGGAUGGCGCACCUUUCCAGCUCAUUGCGGAACAUGCGGUCUAAAACCUUCCUACUGCAGAACCGCAGGAAUCGUUGCCUCUGCUUUCAUGUCUUAGAUUUUGUGUUCAACUAAGGGCUUUUAGUGUUUUUUGUUACUGUGAAGCGGUGCAGACGCAUUAGCAUCAAAAACUGAACAUCUGGAAUAUGCACAUUUUAGCCAUUAGGAUCUACGUUUGUGUAAUCUGAGGCAGCACACGACGCAUCACUUCGUUCUUCACGAUACACACAUGCAGUUGGGUUUUUUCAGUGUUAAAAACAUCCAUAAGCACAAUAUAUGAAACAUAAGUAUUAGCCUCCUCCAGGUGUCUUUGUGAAUCUUUGCUCUGUGUUAUCUCAAAGUCACUGCUCAUCAGUAAGAACUGAGCAGAUCUCAGAGAGGGUGCCUUAUUGUUAUCACUGCAGUGUAACCCAAGUUGCCUUGAUAUUUGUGAUAAACCUCUCAUUUCAUCCGGUGUAUUCGCCCUUCCCCUCCGUUAUCAGCCACUGACGCCUCAGAAGGACCAACGUUUACGGCUUUAAAUGUUAAGUCUGUGCCUGACUCUUUGGCCUCCCAUCCAGAUCACGUGUGGAACUUCCACUCUGUUCCGUGUACAUUUUGCCUGUAUAAAGAUCUCAUCCUGUAACGGUUUCUGUGUUUAUGGCCAGAACCCCAAACUCUGCCAACAGUUUUGUUGUAAUUUGAUCAGUCUUUGUUGAUGUCAAAUAAAGAAUAUUGUGUCAAACUCUCUUGAAA